UAAAAAACCCCUUCCCAGUCGACGACACUGACGCCUAACUCUCCUCGCUCUCUGUCUACCUCCUCUGCCUGCCUUGCCUCCUGUCGUCGACUGUUUCGUCGUCUUCUGUGUCGCCGCGGUGAUUUUGCUCGAGCUUGACCCUGACUCGCCUUCAGCCUCCUUCGCCGCGAGCUCGAUCCUGCGUUUUCUCCUUCGUCGCCUGUCUGUGAUUUUUCUCCAGCCUCGACCCUGCCUUGCCUCGAGCCCGACCGUACCUCGCCUCCAGCCUCCUUCUUCGCCUGUUUUGCCUCGAUCCUGCGUUGUUUCCUUCGUCGAUUGUCUGUGAUUUUGCUCCAGCCUCGGUCGUGAACCACCGGUAUCCUCUCUCUUCCUUACCCGACUCGACCCUGCGUUGUCUCCUUCAAUCUCCUCUGUCUUCUCUCCCCAGCUUUCGGAAUCGCACUCCCUGUUCCGCGACACCGAAACUUCCUCUUCUCAGAUAAAAUCGAUAUUGCAAUUCUCCGUUUACUGCCGCCGGAACUUGCUAAUGGAGCAGAAACUAGCGACCGCGGAGAGAAGAGUGCUGCAAACCCUGUUGAAGAUAGUUCAGAAGCGAGGUUUGCAGGGCGAGAAUGGCGGAUGGAAGGAAUUUCUCAAUGUUUAUGACAAGAAGUUUGGUUCGAGCUUAAGCGAUCCAUCGAAAAGGUCCAAGGAUGAUAUGGUAGCUUUUCUGAUGACCUUUAAGAAGAAAGAAGAUUUGCAGUAUCUCGCCUGGGUUCUGCAACGUGACGCAAACAAUGAUCUGAUAGAAAAGUUCAAGCAGGAAUCUCUAGAUAAAGAGACUCCUGAGCAGAGGCUUGUAAGAAUGACUCUAGAGCAUCCCGAUUAUUCAUUUGACUACGGGUUCCCAUCUCAUACUGAGGAUUGGCUUGUGAUCAAGCUCAGAAAGAAGAAGUCAAAGGUGAUGAAAUGUACUAAAAUGAUAGCGGUCGAUUGUGAGAUGGUUCUUUGUGAAGAUGGCACCGAAGCUGUUGUUCGAGUUGGUGUCGUGGACCGUGAAUUAAAUGUUAUACUUGAUAAAUUUGUGAACCCGAACAAACCAGUUACUGAUUAUAGGACUGAUAUUACUGGGGUCACUGCUGCAGAUAUUGAAAAAGCUACCUUAUCCAUGGUAGAUAUACAGAAAAAAAUGCGGAGGUUUCUCUCUAGGGAUACUAUCUUGGUAGGUCACAGUUUGAACAAUGAUCUGAAAGCGAUGAAGAUAGAUCAUGCCAGAGUAAUUGAUACUUCACUUAUAUUCAAGUUUUCCAAUGGAUAUAAGCGUCGAAGACCUUCGCUGAAUAAUCUGUGCAAGUCUGCAUUGGGUUAUGAAGUCCGGAAGGACGGGGCUGCACAUGAUUGCAUACAGGACGCAGCUGCUGCAAUGAAGCUUGUUCUUGCAGUAAUAGAGAAAGGAGUGGACACUACGGUUUCGAUGACUAAAGAUAUGUUGGAAACUGAGAUGGCAAGGCUCUUUCUGCACAGGAUCCCUCAUGAUGUGCCCUCUGAAGAGUUGAGUGCGGUAUUUUCUGGGGAUUUUACGCUUGACGUUAAGCCAUCAAAAAAACCGGGAGGUUUCUACAGUGCGGCCGCUGUUUUCAAGGCUUCAAAAGAAGCCAACCAGGCAUUUGAAAACCUUGAAGGAAAUCUUGAAAAGGACUCGUCGGGUUUGCCGCAAAAGCUGGUUACUUUUAGACUAAAUUCUGGAUCAGAAGCCAGUUGGUAUGUCCGUAAAAUGGGACAAGAUGAUUCCGGAGGAGAAAUCCCAGGCAAGAAGAGAAGUAUUCCGGACGAGAACCCCAAGGAUUGUAAGAAACAGAAGACAGAUAUUCACCAUUGUAAUGGUGAUAAGUGUGCAGACGACAAGGCUAGGGAGGAGGAGCUCUUGAAGGAAAUAGAAGAGCUGAAGAAGAAUCUAAAGCAAAAGGAUUUCCAAGUGGAGGCGCAGGAUAAGAUCAUUGUUAACCUCAAAAAGCAACUCGAGAAGAAGAAGAAGAAGAAAGCUCUGUAACAUUAACAUGGUAGAGUUUCUGAUUUUUGGUAUUUGUUUCACUGCCCGUUUGACCUUUCCAAUGGCCCCAGAAGAAUUUUGCUGAAAUUACAGAAUGUAUUAGAAUAUAGGUGGAUGAAUGAACUAAUGAUUACAAUCCGAAAUUAUAUAAAACCCUCAUCAAAUUCA